CUUACUGUCUUUGUUCAGUCAAGCGGGACCCCCAAACAAUGAACCUGGGGAGCGAGAGAGUGGCGCCAGGUCUUGGUCCACAGCUGGAAGCGCCUUUCGGGGAGAACGAUGUUCAGGGCCUUGGUUCCCCUACCAAUAAUCUCCCCAAACAGGUGAGCCAGCUCUCGCCCGGAAGGGUUGGCUGAGGAAGGCUGCUCACUGGGAAACUCCCCACUCUCCAAAGAGAAUACUGUCUCCACAUCCAAGUCCUCCUCCUCAGAACCAUCAUACACCCUGUCAGAGAAAAGACUGGGAGGAGGAGAGGGACCCAUGCUGAGAGGGACUGGUGCCCUAGGAACACUGAGGGACACCUUGAGCACUCCCCUGGCCCCUGGAAACUUUCCCUUUCUUUAUUGCUGGCCCUUCCAAGAUAGGUAACCCUUCCCCUUUUGAUGUGAAAAAACGGUAGCUAGCUUCCUAUGUAUUCAUCGGCAUGAUGAAACAGUUCAUACACGACUGGGGCGUAUCCCUGGCCAACGUUGCAUGCUGGUGGCCUAAACAUAACACACAUUCUUCGUGGGGCAUGGCAUUGGUUACAACCAACCCAGAGAUGGCCUGAAGUGCCCUCCAUACUACUGGGAGGAGUCAAAUUGGCCACACAGCUCUGCUAUAGCUUAUUCACGUGGUGUAAAAAGCAGCGUUUCACGGAAAACCCACUUUUAUUAUUAUUUAUUCAUUUUGGUUUAUUUUUUUUAGUUACCCAGUUUACAUUUUGAGAAAUUGCUGCUGACCCAGUUCCGAGCAAAGUGCUGGGCUUUACGGGAUUGGUGGCAAGCUGGAACAAUGUUCACCUGCCUUCAGCUCGCCGAAGCACAGCCUACUGUCCGGCAGGCCGUCGCACAGUGCGUGAGUCUUUGGUUUCACGUAAAAUACAGUGUGAAGGCUCUCACAGCUCUACUUUCAGCCAGGGAGUGGACUUAACGAGAUAUGGCUAUGGAAAAGUUUUCGGACAAUCGCACUCGCCGCCUGCUUAGGCGAGAGCUCCUAAUGAGGUCAACAGCAGCGACACACCGAUAAGGAGUGGGACACCGGCCUUGGUAUGACAUCUGUGACUCCACAGAAAUGUUUGUCGCCUCGCCUCUAGUGGACCGAAGACACUGCCAGGCGAGGGACCUGAAGCCAACGCGUGAGUCGUGGGUUGCACGUACAAUAAGUCAGUGUCACUAACAAGCCAAAAAGGAUCUUUCUUUUCACCUUAUCUGGGUUAGGCCACGCGAUCCAAGGAGGCUGCCCGCAGGCAGACUCCCAAAGCGUACACAGCGCUUCAGGUUAAUGGUGGAUGGAGAGUUACUUACUCAUCUAGUAAUGUCUGCGGUUUAAGGGGAGAAAUGGUUUACCUUAGCUGCACUUAUGAAUACCCGGUACAGUACCGCCCUACCAAAUUCAAUGGACUGUGGUUUACUAAAGUAUCCAACAAGCAGCCAGUUUAUCUGGAACACGAUGCAGACUAUACAGGUCGUGUUGAAUCCAGCUGUGUACCAGUCAGCUGUACCGGGUCCAGAUGUUAUGGAACAUGUCAAAUGAGAAUCAGAGACCUGAGACAGAGUGACUCUGCUGUCUACAAGGUUAGAUUCAAUACAAAUCAACCAGGUGGGGAAUAUACUGGUGACCCUGGAGUGAAGUUAUCUGUUCAAGAUCUCCAGGUGAAGGUGUCCUUUCCUCACCCUACGGAUCCUACCCAUGCAGAACUGGAGUGUCGCAGUAGAUGUGGUCUAGCUGAUGACCCUCCCUACAUCUGGUUCAGGAAUGGACAGAAUGUAGGAAAGGGAGUGAACUACAGGGCCGACAUUCAAUCUGCAGACAGCUUUUCGUGUGCUGUCGAUGGACACAAUCUCCGAUCUCCUUUAGUGUAUGGGCCUCAACAACCAUCUGUGUAUUCAAGUCCCUCUGGUGAAUUGGAGGUGGGCAGUUCAGUGACUCUGAGCUGCAGCAGUGAUGCCAACCCAGCAGCUAACUACACCUGGUUCAGGGAACAUGAAGUCUCAGUGAAAGAAUCAGGACAGAACUACACCAUCACUCAUAUCACAUCUGAUCUCGGAGGAAACUAUUACUGCCAAGCUCAUAAUGCAAUCGGACUUUAUAAUUCCACCUUCUUGUUUAUCAAAGUAUCAUCAUCAUCACAUACAGCAACGGUAGCUGUAAGAACCAUUGGUGUAUUCGUGCUCACCAUACUCCUCCUCGUCUUCUUCUGCAUGAGAAGAAAGAGGGCCUCCAGAAAAGCAGGAAGGCCAGAUACCGUGGAUGAGCUACUUCCUGUUCCUGUGUAUGAAAACGCCUCAGAACUGGCCAAUCGAUUGGCUCCUGCAGCACAGAGAGAACCAAUAGAAGAGCAGGAUGUCUUUGACUGUGCCAGCAUCUACACCUCUCUCUCAGAGAAUCAGGAAGUGCCUUGCUGUUUGGCUGGCUCUAUUGGCCAAUCAGAGCAGGCAGAUGCAGUCUUUUACUCUGUGGUCAAAAAUAAGAGACCAAAUGCUGUCCCUGGAGAGAGUGACCAGAAAGAGACGGCAGAAACCUCAGAGUUGUACAGCACUGUCAAAAAAUAACUCUGAUAUUGAACCAGUUGCGGCAGCAAGAUUUAAAUAGUGGGACUAGGUAGAGUGUCUCAUCCGUUUAGUUUAACAGGACAAUAUGCUGGCUGCAUAUCAUAUGGCGCUUAAUAACACUUGCCACCAGGGCUAAUACAUGAUCUGAUGGCAUUUUAGUUUAUUUGACUUAUUUACUUGAUUGUGUAUGUUCCACUUGUGAUGACUCCAGCGAGACCACAUCUUAUCCAGGGCCUCUUGCUCUGGUGGAUGUAGCUCUGCAUCAUCGCUACCACCUGCUUGUGACCAGGAUGUACUGAGAAUUGCAUAGAAUUGCCUCUGUUAACUUUCUACAUUUGAAAAAGAAAUGUUCAACCACACCCAGUCGGAAAUAUGUUGGGUGGUUCAUAAGUAGGCCUACAAUACUGUUUUUUGCUUAUGUGUCAUUCUAAUGGGGAUUUUUUAUUAUCUGAGCCAGCCUGAGGUAGAUGUUAGAUGUUUAGGUAUGAGUUUUCAAUAGACAGCCAGUAUUUCGAUUCCUAUAAUGUGGGUCUGUAAAGUCCUUUGAGUCUGUAAAUGUGAGAGCAAUACAGAGCAAUACAAAUAAAUUGAUUUCCAGUGUUAACAGGGAGACUUUUGAUCUCAAAAGUAUAUUAUACAGAUAAUCAGAACAUGCAUCCACAAAUAAAGUAAUUCUCUGAGGAAAGGAGCACAUAUUCUUCUAUUCCAAGCACAAUAUCAACCUCACAUUAAUUAAACCUCACCAUCACUGCUAAAUAGUUGAGUCAUUUGCUUGAUGAAUUCUCCAUGUAAUGACUGCUAGAUGAGUGAAUGAGAUCUCUCAAUUAAAUAUUGGACGGAGCUCACUUGGAUCUAGCAUCUCUCACUUGGAUCUGAAAUCCAUCGUCAUAAGAGCUUU